GCACACUUUUGCUCUGAUUAUAACCCAAUAUCACUUAGCUUCCCUGUCUCUUUGUUGUCCGGCUGUGCUUGUUCGGCAGUGUUCCUUUGUUUGGCUAAAAGUUGAAUUACAUUCCUUUGACCGAUUUCCGAUCCCGGUUGCAGAGUACUAGUGGUCCAUUGCCAUGCCGCUUGGAGCAGCUCUUCAAGUGUAACAUCCGAUAAAAGCCUCAUAUAUAUCCCCUUUGCGGGUCUCCUCUCGUCGUUGAUCCAUACAUGUGACCUGCCAAUGAUAUAUAAGCCUUUGUCCUUAAGAAGCCCGUCCUCCCUCCCUCCGUCCACUGGGACGCAUGUCUUCUGACGAUGCUCCAUCCCUGUACCACACCAAGCACACAGCAUCAAGUUUUGUCGACGUCUUCAAGUCUCUAAGCAUUACCCGCCCAAAAUCGCCUUCUCCCGUCUCGCUACAGGACAGCACUGAUUCUCUAUCGCUCUCGACGGAUGGACGCAGAAGCAGUCGGCUUGUACUGGGAUUUGAAUCAAUGCAUCGUGGCAGUGUCGUGUCUAGCUCCUCCGACACCUCGGGUGCGCGGGAUUUCGAUACGGCGGUCCGGACAUUGUCGCAGAGGCAGUCCUUAGGCCAAGCUGUUGAUGAGGCGGAGCAAAUAUCCAAGUCACUCCAGUGGUUUAGUCCGGAGCAAUCCCUCGCUCUUUGGGAGGCAGGGGCACAUCUGUUCCAGCAUGUUAGCUCACCAGAAGCUCGACGGAGUGGUUCGAUGUUGCUAGAAGCCGUUGCGGCACGUCAGGAUUUGUCUCCAGCAGCGCGGCGUAUCGUCUUCGAGUCAAUAUUGAACCCCUCAGAAAACGAUGUCAUCCCCGCACGUGUCCAAUCUCUGAUUUCUCUAUCAGACCAUGGCCGAAAACUGGAUUUUGCAGCCUCAUCUAUUCUCCCCGUGAUAUCUGCUUGUCUAGUUCCGUUGUACGACUUGAUUUCCUCCGCGCGCCUAAAGGCAAGGAAAUCAAAAGUGAAUGGGUUGGGAUACGACGGCGCUGUCUUGGAUGCCCUUUUGGAGUUCGCGGUAGAUCUAAUCACACUGCAGCGCAAACCGCCUAGCGACGAAGAGGUUCAGACGUUAUUAGAACAAAUUUUCACGAUUUGCAGGAAGACAAGUGUCGCCACUGACAUCAAGAACUCCUUGAGCCUUUUCGAUGCCGUAAUACUCUAUGCGGACGUCCCGGAUGGCAGCUUUGUUCCGAUGCUUGAGGUCUUGUGCAGCAUUCAUGCCUCUGUCAAAUCGUUGUCCGGCCCCACAUCGAGAGCGGUCCGGAAUCUAGCGAAGUCAAGGAGACAGUCUGAAAUGAUGGAUAAUUUAUACUCCUUUCUGUCAGAGUCUUGCGGUGAAAUAAGCCGUAAUCUUAACGUUGUGCGGGGAACAGUCUAUGUUUUCAUGGAUCUUGUACGCGCGCACGGUCAGGAUGGGAUACCCGAAGUCCAGUUCACCCAUCUGAUCGACUCGCUUCAGGUUGUCGUGAAGAAGGAUGAUGGCCGGCUGGAAGCGGAUAUCUUGGAGUUGUGUUUGAACAUUUUGGAAGGUGACUUCGUUCACUUGAUUUUGGACCAGGACUGGGGCGAGUUCGUGAAUUUAUUGAAUUCGUGUUCCCUUAGGGCCGUUGACGAGCCAGAGGAGUCUUCUUUGACAAUGGCUGAAGCGCAGCCGCGGGGCAGUGUGUUAGACGACACACGAUCUAACAUUUUGGCAAACACCAUUCAAAUCGCAUCUACCCUUGAAACUCUCUGGGAUCGUUUAAACCAUCAGCAACGGCUAGAUGCGACGCGUUUCCUUAUGAAUGCUUGUCGAUACAUUGAGCCUCCGCAGGCUGAGCUCGUCCUGAACACCAUCCGGAGUGAGGGGUUCUGCUCCCCUGAGAGUCCGGGGUGGAUACAGCAGAACCAACGACUCAUUCGCUGCUUUAUUCGCUCCCGCAGCAAACCCUCCGACGUUCGGAUCCUGGCUUUGGAUACGGUGAAGGAUUCCUUCUUAACCUAUGAUUCUCUAGUGCUUUUCCAAGAACAAGGGCUUCUUGAUCUCAUGCUGGAAAAGUUUGCUGAUGAGGAUGAUAUUUUGUUCUUAGAGUCGUUGGUCUCUUUCCUCGUCGACGCUUCUGUGCUUGCUAGUGAUGACGAUAGUUUCAAGCGUUUGGUGGGAAUCCUAAGCUCUCCCAUGGACAAGGACCUUGACAGGGAAGCGGUUCUCGGGUCCGAGUCUUCGACCAUGUCCUCGGAACGCCAUCCCUAUAACAGUGUGCUGGAGUUAUCCUUGGCCAACAUAUGCACAAUUGGGCUUGUUAAGAUGUUUCUGCGAUCUUUAAACAUGUCGGCGAACAAGGCAGCCUCGGUAUACGAAGCGCUCUUGAACAUCGCGCAGUCUUCGGAGCGACCAGUCGACUCGCGCCUGACGUCAAUGAAAUUACUAUUCCGACUACGCUGUGACUCGUCGGGCUCGAUUACCGUGACCUCCGUCUCCGAAAACGAUUUCAUGAUGAGCGUUUCCGGGCGGAACUUCGAGGGAGGAUCCAAAUCACAUGGUGACUCGUCUGGAGAUCAUAACGUUGACAGUGAUCAGGGGCGGCCAGCAGCUCAUGGGAGGCACUCAGCCCGGGAGCCAUCUGUGCUAUCUAGAUCAGCUGGACGGAACUCAAUCAUUCCUGUUCGCGCUUCGAAAUUGACACCCCCAAUCUGGACAUUUGCAACUCCUCAGGUUCUUCCCGAAGCACCCCCCGAUGAAUCGAGUCCUUUUGUGUACGCUUAUGCAACACCGGACACCAGUCACCACGUCGAGUCAGACCCUGCGCAAAAGGUCGCACUUAAGGCGAACAUGUGGCUCGAGACCGUCAUCUCACUGCUACAACGCGAGACCAACUGGGAUCUCUACAGCUAUGUCCUAACACAUCUUGCGAGCCAGCUCCAGAACAAGGACAUUUUCAGCAACGCAGUUCCUCAGGUCAAGCUGCUACGCAGCAUCCUGUGUGAUCAGGUCAAAAAUGAUUCUUUCCGUGAACCACCGCCGUCCACUGGUGUAAAAAAGACCGAUGUGGCUGGGUAUAUUUUCGAGUUUCUCUGCUCAUUGAUCAGUUAUCAUGAACAUUUUGCCAAGAGUGAAGAGGACGAACUCGUGCGCGCCUUCAUGAUGGGUAUAAUUGGUUCCUGGGGAGGUACCUCUCGUGGGUGUAUACAUGCGCUCUCUGUCUGUUGCCAUGAAAUUCCGCUUUCGGUGACCAAGUCUCUCAACGGGAUCCUCGACAAGAUGUCCAAAGUCAUUACAAUGUCCAAUCUUGCUGUGCAUAUCCUGGAGUUUUUGGCCCUCCUGGCGCGCCUGCCUGAUGUCUAUAUCAACCUACGCGAAGAAGAGAUCCGCACCGUUUUUGGCAUUUGCAUCCGAUUCUUGCAAACCUCCAGAGAGCAACGGUUCAAGGCCUCUGAAUCCCCUACCAGGAAUGUCCAGGUCUCAACAAGGCUUGGCGGUGGCGUACGAGAUUCUUUGGCUUCUCCUGCAGAGUCAUCUGAUCCUUCGCUCCAAGACGGGAUGUCCAGAUACAUCUAUACGCUUACGUAUCAUGUCAUGAUUUUCUGGUUUUUGUCCUUGAAGUUGCAGGAUCGAGCCAAACACGUCAACUGGAUAACUAGCAGACUCAUCUAUCGGGAUGAACAGGGGAAAGAGACGGUGGAAGAGCCAAGUCAGGUUUUCAUUGACUUGAUGCAGCGGUCAGCAUUCUCGGAUUUGGGAGAUACUAUUCCAUAUCCGACGUUCCCACCGUCUCCCGAGGAUGGGCCCGUGGUCAAGAAGUCCUGGGUCGUGGGUAUGAGCAUCGUAACCGUUGAGACGGCUGGGGUUUCUGGCCUGACUCAAAUCACCAAGCGGCAGGCGUCAGGCACUACCUACGCAACGUAUCAGCAGCGAACUGCGCCUGUUCUUCCGCAUCAGGUUCCUCCUACGCCUGACGCUCACUUGCACUCUGACACCAUGCGCACUGCCGUUCUUCCGAGCCAUGUCAUGCUCCAGCUGACAACCACGGCUUUCCCCACCCCGACCGUGAUGCAGCCCAUUCCUCUUCCCGACGAUGACAUGACUCGACGGGCACUGAACACUUUUGACCGGAACGAUAUUGUGGAUGGGCACAAGAUUGGUGUCAUCUAUGUCGAUAACGGCCAGACAACAGAAGCUGAGAUCCUCUCCAAUACCAGCGGCAGCCCGGAUUAUGAGUACUUUCUGUCGAGACUUGGAACCAAGGUUCCGCUCCAGGGUGCACGGUUCAAUACCCAAGGGUUGCAUGCUGACCUUGAUGGAGAGUUUACCUACGCGUGGCGCGAUCGGGUUACGGAGAUUGUCUACCAUGUUCCGACCAUGAUGCCUACAAACUUCGAUAACGACCCUUCCUGCAUCAACAAAAAGCGCCACAUUGGCAAUGACUUUGUCAACAUCAUAUUCAACCGGUCGAAUACCCCUUUUAAUUUCAACACGAUCCCCUCUCAGUUCAACUUUGUCAAUAUUGUUAUCAACCCCGUGUGUCGCCUUACCAACGAGCCUGGUGUCGCGGAGUCGAAACGAACUGAUUUCGAAAGCCUGUUCUACCAGGUGAGGGUGAUGAGCAAGCCUGGAUUCCCGGAGAUAUCACCGGCUGCAGUGCCGAAACUCAUCUCCGGAAAGAACCUGGCUCCGUUUGUUCGCAUUCUUGCUCUCAAUGCGUCCGUGUUCUCGCUUGUUUGGCACAGCCAAGGAGGCGAGCACAUUUCGUCCUGGCGCAACCGACUACGUGAGAUCAAGAGACUUCGUGAGCGGGCACUAGGAUCGCAGGCCCAAAGUUCUGACGCUGCAGAAGGCACCUACCCGGGCCAGCGUCGCAACACCAAAGCCAAUAUCUUUUCCGAAGAGGUACCGUCGCGUAACGCGUCGGUCCGAACCGAUUUCGCUACCGAUUGGAACGCGGCUGCCGAUGCGAAUAUCUUGCAGAACUUGGACUUUUCGCGCUGGGGCCGCUGACCGCACUACCCUGGUUGAAUCGGAGAGUGGUGUUGUAAUGGAAGAGGGCUAAAAUUACUGCCUGCUUUGAUUUUCUCAUGACCCUUUUGCUACGACGGAUGACUGUACAUCGUGACUCCAUGCUUUGCAGCUUGUGUAAAUACCCCCUUUGGUUUGCAGCACGCAGAAAAGUUCCUGUUCCGUCUGUUUUUCAUGCGAUGUUUAUGCCCUCAUUCCCUCCGACAUACCCUGGAAAAUAAUCAAUCUUUCCCAAUCUCGUGCC